AUGGAGGAGAUCGCGGGCGACGGUGGAGAUAUUGUCGAGGUCAGCAGCGACGAGGAGGGCGCGCAGGACAAGCCGAUGAGCUGCCCUGGCACUGAUGCAGAUGGCUGCGGUGGGCCUCCGUCCCACUUCCGGGGCUACAGGCUUGGCCGCGAGCUGGGCUCCGGCGGCUCCGGCAAGGUGUUCGAGUGCAAAGGCGAUUUCGAGACCAAGUACGCUGUCAAGGCCGUCAGCCUGCGACGCAUCCAGCUCAGCGCCAACGCCGACCGGCAGCAGACGCUGCUGCGCCGAGAGGUGGAGAUUCUCAAGGCACUACCUCCGCACCCACACAUCGUGCAAAUGUUCGACGCGUUCGAGGAGGGCCGGUGGUUCCUGCUGAUCCUGGAGCUGGUCCUUGGGGGCGACUUGUUCAGCGUGCUGACCGCGCGCAGACCGGCACGUUUUUCUGAACCCGAGGCCGUGCACGUGCUGUGGCAGGUGGUGGAGGGCCUCUCUUUCCUGCACGGCCAGGGUGUCAUCCACAGGGACCUGAAGCUGGAGAACAUAUUGGUCUCCUCGCAGCAGAGGCGAAGUGCGGACAUCCUCUACGGCGUCAAGAUCACAGACUUUGGCCUCUCAAAGGCAGUGGUGGCCGCGCGAUUGGCCGCGCUGACUCUCGCGAUGGCAGCGCUGGGCAGAGCCGCGCUGACUCUCGUGCAGUACAACCCAGCCUACGCGAAGCAUGACCGCCUAGCCGAUAUCUCGGCCAACUUGAGAGCUGCCGAUGUGAUUGGACAUAAGACACGUAUUGAUUUCAUUAUCGGGCCCAAGGGCUUGUUGCCAGGGAUCACAGCAUGCAGCACAUGGAGACGCACGGCGCUGAAGCUGCAAGUAUCCAAAAAGUUUCCUGAUCAUACGCCCGUCGGCAUCACCCAUUACAUCGAGGUCCCCACCGCACCGCUGCAGCGUGAGCACACAAAGUGGGACCUGGACAGAGUGGCCGCACUUUUACAGCGAGGCGAGGACCGAGCUGAAUUUCUUACAGCGCUGGGUCAGAAGCUCAUAUCACAUGCGAAUGAUUUUGCAGAAGCAGAAAAGGCAAGCACUCCAGAUAUGCACUACGCGCUGUUCCUGAAUUGCGUUCGGGAGGCCGCUACACCCUUGUUCACGCGCAGGAUUCACUCCCCUGUGUACCUGAAGAUAUCCGCCGCGGGAUCCGCGGUGUCGUGUUGCAGGCUCAUACAUGCGAUGUGCGGGUACUGGCGGUGCUUCUUCAGAGCCUACCACACCGGCGACGGGAAGCUGCGAUCUGGCCAAAUCAAACAGAUGAGCAACACGGACGUCCUGAAGUACUGGAAGUUGGGACGCAUCAACAUGAAUCCAAAAGCGAACCCAUGGGCCCGUCAGUUCUUCAAGGAUCUCCAGGACCUGGCUGAGGAUGAGGAGGCGAGGGAGUUUAACAUGCUGAGCGAGCCGAUGGACACGGGCACGCCGCAGGAGGGCAUCGACGUCGAGGCAGCCGAGGGCCCGCGGCUGAAGGGAGGACGGGUCAGCCGUCCUCAGCGCCGCCAGCGCAGGCGCAACAAGGAGCAGCCGAAGGCCGUGCAGAUGGCCGACGGAGGGAUGAAGACCAUGAUACUGGUCAUGCUGAAGCAGCUGAUCAUCAACACCAAGCAGCUGCGCGAGAUUCGGGGCCAGCUGUACGAUACAUACCUCGUGGAGGCCAAGGCAAAGCCCGUGGUGUCCAUGCAUCAGGGGGGAGCCGCAUACGCGGCCGCCGUGAAGGAGAAGGGCAAGGGCCACAACCUCGGCCCACCAGCUGCGACCGUCUUCGUCUACCUCCUGAAGGCGCUGAUGGAGCUGGAGGUGGGGGCCCAGAAUCGGAAGGGCCUGGAGCAACUGCUGCAGCGGAUCGAGCACUUCGAACCGUGGGACUUGGUGCAGAUGUGCCACGUCUGCCGCCUGGAGAAGUGCUACGACGAAGGCAAGAUCAAGAUCGUACUGGCCACACCCGUGGCCGAGGUGCGCAAGCUGAUGCGCCAGUGCAUGGAGCAGAUCGGAGCGACGACGACCGUCGGCCAGGCUCCAGCGGGAUACCUAGAGGAGGAGCUCGGAGCGUAUGUGGACAUGAUCGGCUCGUCAUGA